GUACUCUAUUCUCACUUCUCGCCACUACAUCUCCGACUCUUCUCACACAAAGAAAGUAAAUUCCCACCACCCAAAAGAAAAGGAAAGUUUUCAUGGCUAAAACAACCCCAAACCACACUCAAGUUGUUUCAGGAUGGGCAGCUCUUGAUUCUUCUGGCAAGAUCACACCUUACAUUUUCAAUAGAAGAGAGAAUGGUGUAAAUGAUGUGACCAUCAAGAUUUUAUACUGCGGAAUCUGCCAUACUGACCUUCACUAUGCCAAAAAUGAUUGGGGUAUCACUAUGUAUCCUGUUGUUCCUGGGCAUGAGAUUACAGGGAUUGUUGUGGAAGUUGGGAGCAAUGUAACCAACUUCAAAACAGGGGAUAAAGUAGGAGUUGGAUGCAUGUCAGCAUCUUGCUUAGAAUGUGAAUUUUGUAAAAACUCAGAAGAGAAUUAUUGUGACAAAGUUCAAUUCACAUAUAAUGGUGUCUUUUGGGAUGGUAGCAUUACCUAUGGAGGCUAUUCCAAAAUGCUAGUUGCUGAUUAUAGGUUUGUGGUUGCUGUACCAGACAACCUACCAAUGGAUAGAGCAGCACCAUUGUUAUGUGCAGGAGUUACUGUGUUUUGCCCAAUGAAAGACAAUAACUUGAUUGACUCACCUAGGAAAAAAAUAGGAGUUAUUGGUUUAGGAGGUUUGGGACAUUUGGCUAUUAAAUUUGCAAAAGCAUUUGGGCAUCAUGUUACUGUCAUAAGCACUUCUUUAUCCAAAGAAAAUGAGGCCAAAUCCAAAUUAGGGGCUGAUGAUUUCAUUGCUAGCUCUAAUACACAUCAAAUGCAGUCGAGGCAGAAGACAUUGGACUUCAUAUUGGAUACAGUGUCAGCAAAUCACUCUCUUGGGCCAUACUUAGAGCUGCUCAAAGUUAAAGGAACUUUUGUUAUAGUGGGUGCACCAGACAAGCCUUUGGGCCUUCCAUCAUUUCCAUUAAUAUUUGGUAAGAGAACUGUGAAAGGAAGCAUGAUUGGAAGCAUAAAAGAAACACAAGAAAUGAUAGACAUUUGUGGGAAGUAUAAUAUAAUGUGUGACAUAGAGAUAGUCACACCUGACAGGAUUAAUGAAGCUUAUGAAAGGAUUGAGAAAAACGAUAUUAAGUAUCGGUUUGUGAUUGAUAUUGCUGCUCAAUCAUCAAAACUUUAAGUACUUCAGGUUAUUUUAAUUGAGACCUGAUAGAGAGAGAAUAUUGUACGCCUUUCAUUCCUUUUCAUGUAAAGUGUAAACUAAUUUUUUUUGCUUGUUGCGUGGUAUAAUUUUAUCAAUCAUAAGGAUCACAAAAAUAUGUAGUCAGUUGUUAUUCUUA